CCUCACCUGGGCCGGGGUGCUCGGCCGCGGAAAACGAAAGUAACUCUGGGGUUGACGCUACGCCUUCAGGACUGUAUUAAGAAAGAUGCCUAAGGUAACAACUUACAAACUAGGCAUGGUACCACUACUUAUUAAUUCAUGAUAUGUUGAUACCACCUGAAGAAUCUGGGAAUUGAAUCAAAAAUAUGGUAGCUUCCCACACUUUGGACAGUAUUCUGCCAGGGCACAGCACUAAGCAAGAACCAAAAGUGUUACAUUAAGCAUUCAAAAUGGAACCAGACAUGUCCUUGGACAACAUCAAGAUGGCAUCUAGUGACCUGCUGGAGAGGAAAGAUCUAGACAGUGGAGGCUUUGGGAAGGUGUCCUUGUGUUUCCACAGAACUCAUGGAUUUGUUAUCCUGAAAAAGGUGUACACAGGGCCCAACCGUGCUGAAUACAAUGAGGCCCUCUUGGAGGAGGGGAAGAUGAUGCACAGACUGAGACACAGUCGAGUGGUGAAGCUGUUGGGCAUCAUCAUAGAAGACGGGAAUUACUCGCUGGUGAUGGAGUUCAUGGAGAAGGGCAACCUGAUGCAUGUGCUGAAGGCCGAGAUCGGUGUCCCACUCUCUGUAAAAGGGAGGAUAAUUGUGGAGAUCAUCGAAGGAAUGUGCUACUUACACGGCAAAGGUGUUAUACACAAGGACCUGAAGCCUGAAAAUAUUCUUGUUGACCAUGACUUUCACAUCAAGAUAGCUGAUCUUGGUGUGGCUUCCUUUAAGACUUGGAGCAAACUGACUAAAGAGGAGCACAACAAGCAGAGGGAAGUGAACAGCAUGGCCAAGAAGAAUGGAGGCACCCUCUACUACAUGGCGCCCGAACACCUGAAUGACAUCAAUGCAAAGGCCACAGAGAAGUCAGAUGUGUACAGUUUUGGCAUUGUACUUUGGGCAAUAUUUGCAAAUAAGGAGCCCUAUGAGAAUGCCAUCAGUCCUGAGCAGCUCUUGAUCUGCAUAAAGUCUGGGAACAGGCCAAAUGUGGAGGACAUCAUUGAGCACUGCCCACGGGAGAUCAUCAGCCUUAUGGAGCGGUGUUGGCAAGCAGUCCCCGAAGACCGGCCAACAUUUCCUGGCAUUGAAGAAGAAUUUAGGCCUUUUUACUUAAGUCAGUUUGAAGAAUAUGUAGAAGAGGAUGUGGCAAGUUUAAAGAAAGAGUAUCCAGAUCAAAGUGCAGUUUUGAAGAGAAUGUAUUCUCUCCAGAAUGACUGUGUACCCUUGCCUCCAAGCAGAUCAAAUUCAGAACAGCCUGGUUCGCUGCACAGCUCCCAGGGACUCCAGAUGGGACCUGUGGAGGAGUCCUGGUUUUUUUCCUCUCCAGAACAACCACAGGAAGAGAAUGAGUGCAGUGUACAGGCUAAACUCCAAGAGGAAGCCGGUUACCAUGCUUUUGGAAGAUUCCCAGAGAAACAGGCAAAACCGCAGCCAAAGCAGAAAGUGGCUUAUAGCAGAGAGGAGGAAAGGAAACGAAGGGUUUCCCAUGACCCCUUUGCACAGCAGAGACCUCAUGAGAAUGUUCAGAGGGGAGCGGCCAGAGGUCUUUCUGAUCCCGGCCCACCCUGUUAUGGAAAUGCAGCACACCAGCUGUCAGGGCCAGCCAGCCACACACGAGUGCCAUUCUGGAACAGCGGAGUAUAUAAUCAUGGGUUUAGACCUACAAGUGCAGGAGCUUUGUUUGGGCCAAAUACAAACCAAAUGUAUAAUACUUUUAAAACUCCGGUACCUGAGACCAACCUACCAGGAAGCACACCUACCAUUCCGUUCAUCUCCUUGCCAGUAACAGAUGAGUCCAUAAGAUAUACUAUAAGCAAUAGUUCUGGUGUUCAAAUUGGAAACUACAAUUAUAUGGAUCUUGGCCCGAGUUCACAACUACCAGACAACAUGUGCAAAGAAGAAUCAGUUUCCAAAUACCAUGCCAUCUUCGAUAACACCAGUAGUCUGACUGAUAAACACCUGAACCCUGUCAGGGAAAACCUGGGACGGCAGUGGAAAAACUGUGCCCGCAAGCUAGGCUUCACGGACUCUCAGAUCGAUGAAAUUGACCACGACUAUGAACGAGACGGGCUGAAAGAAAAGGUUUACCAGAUGCUCCAGAAGUGGCUGAUGCGGGAAGGCACCAGGGGGGCCACAGUGGGAAAGUUGGCCUGGGCACUUCACCAGUGUUGCAGGAUAGACCUGCUGAACCACUUGAUACAGGCCAGCCAGAGCUAGGCCUGGGCCAGCCGUGGCAGUGGGAACUAGACUGUUUGCCUGGUGCACAAGCCCCUUUGCCCCGUGCCCUCAGAACUCUUUCUUGGUACAAGCCCUGGAUCCAUGCACCUGUUGUACAUUUUGGAACUGGAUAAGGGAAAGAAGUCUAAAGCCCACGGUGGUUCUUCAGGAAGUACAGGCAUGAAGACUGUUGAAUGGCCCAGAAUGAAGCGGGGUGGGGGGUGUUAAAAAGAAUAACCUAUUGGAUUUUAAAAAGGAGAGAAGAGCUGUUGGAGGAGAGAGAUGGGCUUCGCUCAGCUUGUGCCAUAGUCUUCAACUGGGCUAUUUACUCAGUUUCCUAUGGUUAUAUUUGGGUGAGGGAGGAAAAAACAUUCAAAGAAUGUAAAACCCACUAACUUCUUCCUUCGUGCACUAGUGCAGUAAAGUUCUGCCCAGAUAGGUACCUUAGAUGACAGUCAUGGCCCUUUCUAAAACUAUAGGAUCUGCUAACUUUAGCAUCCAAUGCUGUGCUGUCACCUGAAGCUUUAAGAAUCAUGUGCAAUUCUAGUGUAUAUAAGUUAAAGAGGAAAUGUUAAGGAGGAUUAAGGAGGAGGAAAAACUGCAGGACAGAGGGAGAUCACCACUUUCCAGCACUCACCACUGAGAACUGCUGAUUGCAACUACUGUAAAUACUAGUGUGAAAUUUUACAUCUUCUCGUACCAUUCUGGUGCUCCAUGCCGUUCUCCAGUCUGUGCACCCCUCAGAGGGAGCUGGUGUGCAGGAAAUGCUCAUCAGGAAAUGCAGUCUCUUCCUCCCUGAAUAUGGCCAGAACCUCAGCACUGCUCACUGUAGAACUGUUUCCUGAGUUUACCCAGAAAAAUGUACUGAAAAUAUUUCUUCUGUGUGCCAUGAAUUAAAAAGGGACAGCUUCAGAGUUCAGUCUUCGUGCCCUUAGCAAGCCCACGUGCAACCCAGGAGCGAGUGGAAGAACUGGAAAACUAAGGCUGCCUGGGCCAACUACAGUCACUGCUGGCACUUUCCGUUCAGAGGCUACGCAGCGACAGGCGUCUGACUGUUAGAAAAGAUUCCGGUGUCUGGUUGACAACAGUGGGUUAGGAUCCUGAAUCUCCUGCAGCCUCAGAAGAUACGUGGCUCUCCUGGAGUGAGCUGCAAAGCAGCUUUGUCCUUGUUGGCAUUUUGGCACUAGUUGGCACUUCAUCCUCCACUGUUGACCUAUCUUGUACUAUGUAGAAUAUUUAGAAACAUUCCUGGCCUCCUCCAUCUACAGGAUGCCAAUAGUACAAGUCAACUUCACCCACCAAUGUGACAAAAAUGUCUCUAGACAUGGCUACAUAUUUCUUGGAGGGACCCUGCUGUAACUUUAUAUGCCUCAGUUCUCCUGUCACACAUGCUGGGUUCAUGCCUUAACUGCAUAGAGUAUGCACAUUGGAAGGGAAUUGGAGCAGAGAAGGUUCCAGGCUUUCCUGGAGGAACCUGGAUAGUCUUUAAAUGCUUUCCUCUUAACCUCUGUUCCAAUGCUGUUUUAAGAAGACAGGAUUAGAAAGUAUUUUUAAUGGAGUUGUGGGGGAAAAUGGCAAAGGAAGCCAGAGCUGGUUUUGGAAUUGCAGUAUCAAUCAGGGUCCUAGUGUUAAAAUCAUGUCUAUUAAGUGUUCUGUAAGGGAAGAAUUGUGGGUCCAUUGCAGAAGAUAGGUACUUCAGAUCUAGGCCCAGAUUGUGACCACAGACUUCCAGGCCUUUU